GUUUUGAACCUGGAGACCGGAAGUGGUUACACAAUCCAGGUAGAAUGUUGAAAUAACAACAGCUGACUAAGAGAGGUCAAACCACGAAAUCAGUGUAAGAAAACUGAACAAAGAUGCAACAUAAAUUCUUCAUUGUUAUCCUCAUAUCUGUGGCUUGGAAUAUGGAGAACACACAUUCUGUUUAUAUUCAGAGUAUUAGUACACAUGCACCGAAGAAAAAUAACUCUAUACCAGACUGCCCUAGAUUCUGUGAAUGUGAUCAGGCAAAAAAUGUUUACUGUUCUUCAUAUUAUGAGGGAUUUUCUUUUAAUUCCAUACCAAAUGCUCUUACAGUAAGGAGUUUGAACUUAUUUGGAGGUUUAAGAUCUAUUCCAGUCGAAGUUCGGUCUUUGACUGGGCUCAGAAAGCUAGAUCUUAGCAGAAAUUCUUUAACCAUAGUAGACAAGGUUACUAUUGGCAAUCCAGAAAUAUUGCAAAUGUUGGACUUGAGCUCAAAUGACAUUGUGAAAAUCUCUCCUGGCGCAUUUACAGAGUUAGUCAACUUGGAAAUAUUAUCACUCAGUGAAAACAAUUUGCAGACUUUACCCAAAGACCUUUUUCUAGGACUGACAAAUCUGAAAACACUUCGCUUGAGUUUCAACAGAAUUUUCUCUGUUCCUCUUGGAUUAUUUGACCAUCUGCAUUCACUAGAAGAGUUAGAUUUGGGAAGCAACAUCAUUCAAUGGCUUCCAGGAGGAGUGUUUCAAAAUAUGACAAACUUGAAGACACUAAAACUUAGUGAAAACAAUCUCCGAAGCUUGUCUCCAGAUGUACUAUCUCAUAUGAAAAAUUACCAUGAUUUUAGCAUUGAAUUAUACGGAAACCCAUGGGACUGUUCUUGUAAAUUGGAAAACUUUCUGGAAUUUUUGUUUUUAUACAAAACUAAUGUUUCCCAUUUAGAUAUGCUGGUUUGCCAUUCUCCUGCAAGAUUACUUGGAACGAAAUUACUUGAUUUGGUCCAAACCGAAUUAAGAUGUGAUAUACCCGUAAUUGAUGAAAUAUCGGAUUCUCAGGAAGUGGUUGUUGGGUCAACUGUCACUCUUCAUUGCAGAGCCUCAGCAGAAAAUCAUGCCAUCGGAUACUGGGUGACUCCUUUGGGAGAAAAAAUAAGUCACAUCUACUACCAAGAAAUGCUUGAACAAAUGAACAUUACAACUAAGCCACAUUUGAAGUAUAAGCACUAUGGAGAUGUUUUCUCUGAAGCCUCCAUUUCACAAAACAAUACAUUGACACUAACCAAUUUUCGAGACGUUUUCAAUGAAACUUUUCAGUGUGUUAUGAUCAACAGCGCUGGAAAUGGUACAGCUACCUUGACCUUGACUGCGGUGACCCGAUUGUUCACAGUUGAAUGGGUGAGCAUGGUCGUUGGGGGAAUCUGUGCUCUGACAGCACUGGUGAUUGGCCUUUUAGUGGGCACUACAAAACUCUGUGCCAUUCAUAUAUGCAAGUGCCCAUGUGUGCUUUUCGAGCCCAGAAAACCAAGCAACGAACCAAAUUAUACUUUUGAGGAGUAUACAGAUGAUCAGAACACUUACAAUAGAAGUUCUGAUGACCAAGACUCUUAUGACGAUUCGUAUCAACAAGAUGAAUCACUGCUGAAAGUUCCUGUGAACUCUCCUGUUGCUCGCACACCGAGGUCGUCACCAAGGAAAUGUGCCACACCCACUCCUGAAGAAUACUUAGAGAAAAGUCGGGGAAAUACCAACAACACUCUGAAUGAAGUGAAAGUAAGACUGGAGAGAAAGAUGGAGAAAGUGAAAAGUCGAGUACACUCGAUUCGUGAGUCUGGUUCCCAGUACCUGAUUACCAUCAAGGACACGGGAAGCAUCGCUGCUAAUCGGGUCAAGGCAGGGGUGGCCAUGGGAGUGGAGCAGGUCAAGUUUGGGGUCAUGUCCAUGAAGGAGUUCUGUGGGACGGGUGACAUGGCUCAGACAGUGUCCGUUGUGUCGGUCAAUACGGAUGUGGAUAGUGAAGAGAAAUCCACUAAAAUCACCAAAAUGACCACACUUUAGCGAACCUAAAUCCAAUGGAUUAUUAUUAUGUUAAUAAUAGUCAAGUUUGGAGUCUCAUAAGUUUGGAGUCUCAUUAAGGCUGAUGCGCUGAUGUAUUUGUGCCAGGUUUUUGUUGUUUGUUUUUUUUACCUACAGCCACUUGGAUUGCUGAGCAAAAUGUGAAAAUAGAUAUUUGCACAUGAAAAAAGUGAUAUCUUUAAAUGCAUGACCAUGAAGACUGCAGUUAUAUUUUUGUAUAAGAUUGGAGUGAUCACUUUUGUGAUAUUAUGUUAGUGAGUUGUAAUAUAUGUCAAAAAGAGUUGCUUUUAUGACAUUUGUAAAAAAAAAUAAAGUUCAGAGAUUGAAUUCAUGCAUAUGUGGGAAAGGGAAUGAGAUUGUAAGAACGCAGAGUGGGUAAGAAGUAUAGUACAAGGAGUUGUAUAUUUGAAUGAUUUUGAAUUAAUGUUGCCAUACAUCAUGUACAUUGUUUGUCUCAUAUUUUUAUGAUAGAAUUCCAUUUGGGUUAGUUUUCCUCCAUUUGCAUGAUAGAAAUAUAUUUUCCCUUGUUCUUUUUUGAAUUACAAUCAUAUUUGUUCUUAUUGAUAUUUUUAUUUUAAAUGUAUGUAUAUUUGUUAAAAUGUAUGCAAAUCAAAAUGAUGAUGAUGUCGGAUACUGGGAGAUAUGUUAACAAUGAUUUAAGUUUAUCUCUUUACCCUACCAAAACCAAAGGCACAUGAUCCUGAUCUAAAUAGCUGCUAUAAUGAUUAUUAUAUGCAAUUUGAGAGAGAGAGAAAGAGAGAGAGAGAGAGAGAGAGAGAGAGAGAGAGAGAGAGAGAGGAGAGAGAGAAAAAAAAGAGAGAGAGAGGAAGGAAGAAAAGAGAGAGAGGGAGAGAGCCAUACAUGUACACUGCUAAAAUGCCCUUUAAAUAUAACUGAGAACAAAUAUUUUUGUCGGAUAAAAUUUUUGAUUUUUUUUUAUGAUGAUAACAUUUAUUUCUCUUGAGCUUUGGAUUUUUUCUUUUGAAUAACAUACAUGUACAUUCAAGAUCAACCAAAAAAAAAAAAUUCAAUUUCAUAAAUGAGAUUAAUGCAUAGGACUCCUAAAACAAGAAACAUCUUACACUCCUGAGUCUCCAUAGCAACAGUUCUUUUUUUUCGUUCAAAUUCUGAUCAAAGUCCUAUUUAGCAGAGCAGGUGUCAACAAGCCCCCAUCUUAAUUAGUGUUAAGAGAAUUGGAUCGGAGAUAUUGAUGGUUGUGAACAUUUUUAGAAAAUAAUUUAUUAAUUUCCUUGAGAAAAAGAGCCCUGUUCAAAGGAAAAUUUCAAAAUUGUAAAAAUUUGGACUUUUUCUUUACAGAAUAAUUAUUUGUGGCCAAAAAUGUCAUAUUCAAAAAUUUGUUGUAGAUCUGAUGGUUGAUUUAUUGUCCGUCCAACCUUCUAUUCAGGGUAGGGAAUUUUGACAGGUGCUCUGCUGAAUAUACCUAUGUGUAACAUUUUUCCGUUUUUGUUGAUUUAGCUGUACUGUAUCCAAUAUUAAAGCAGGGAGUCUGUUUCUUUAGAAUAUUCGGGGCUCUUUUGUAUAAUCAUGGACUACAUGUAUAUCUUUUACCCAUGGUAAUGAUAAUUAUUGAAUUGUUUGGAAACAAAAAAAGUUUUACUUUUGCUUGUUUAAAAUUAAGUCAAUAGAAAAUGUUGACAUAUGUUCAGAUGGGUAUAUAGAGAUUGAAGGAUUUAAACAGCUUAAGGUUUAUAUAUAUAUAUAUGUAUUUAUAUAUAUAUAUAUAUAUAUAUAUAUAUAUAUAUAUAUAUAUAUAUAUAUAUAAAUCUUCAUUGUUUACAAAACUUAUUUUCACUGGAAUCUCCUCUUAACUUCUGGACAUUAGUCAUUUUUUAUGUGAUUUGUUGUUUGAUUGCUCCAACUGAAUUCAAAACCACAGAGUUAUUUUCAAAUUGACUGUGACUUGCAUGAACAAAGAGUUUCUUAUCUCUAGUUUUGUUGUUGGAUAUAUUCACUGUCAGCUACUGUUGAUUGGCAAAUAAUCACGAUGGUUUUAAUUUCACUAUGUUUGGGCUAUAAUUUUUUUCUGUCUGCAAAAUCACAGCCAUUGUGGUUUAAUUUUAAUUGAUUAAUUGAUUCUUUGUCAGUAACUUAGUUUAUUCAUUUAUUUAUAAUUCAACAAUAGAUAUUUAGUGUGUAGUAAAUAGCCAAUGUCAGAACACAUUAUCAAAUGCCUUUUACAGAGAUCAAGUUGUAAAAAAUACAAUAUUUCCAGCUUAUAUUCUGAAAAGAAAUGUGUACUUUUUUUCUUAAAAAAAAAUUGACACCAAUUUCAUUUACAACGGUUUUUUUUGGUCAACAGUGAUCGUGUCAGAUUUUAGAAUAUACACAUGUAUAUGCAAAAGUGCUUUUCUCUAGACUAUUGAUGAAUAUGUAGUAUAGUAACUGAAGUAGUGUACCUGUUGUGUAUACCCAGAGAAUAAUAGACAUAUCAGCGUAUACACAAUUUAUUUCACUUGCACGUUCAGGCACGUAGCAUCAUUUUUGAAAGUGGGGGGGCCAGACUCAUGCAAAAAAUCUUGACAAGCAAAAAAAAAAAAAAAAAAGAUAUCACAACUUUUCCAAAAUCUUCAAAAUCCUAAUCCGUGGGGGGAGGGGGGGGGGGGGGGGGCAACUCCAUGAUAAUUCAAUUUUCUAUAUGUAAAUUUUAAAAAAUUUGCUGCUGCGAGAAAAAGUGGGGGGGCCAGGCCCCCCCUGGCCCCCCCUGAUGCUAUGUGCCUGACGUUAUUGGUCCUGAUAAUAGCUCCUACACACCUUAUCUAUCUAAUGAAUUUAUCAGCAGUUUUUGAGAGAGGUUAAAGAUUAAGUGAAACAAUGAUUACUUUAUUUGAUGAAUUUGCAUUGCUUUAUUAAAGAUGGUUUUGUUUGGUUUCCACUUCAUGACAGUUUAGUUUAUAUGAACUGCAAUACAUAUUUGUCGCUAUUCAUUGGAAUGAUACAUGUUAAAGUAGAAAGAAUGUUAGAUAAAUUUCAUAUUUUUUGGAGUGGCUACCUAAGAGAUAAUUUGGUUAACAGUAGUUAAAAGCUGCUGAAAUUGUUUCUAAAAUGUUCAUAUUCAUAGUUUAAAUAAGAGGAUUUGUUUGAACAGUUUCUAAGUUAUGUAUUUUCAUGUACAAAUUUGAAAUGUAUUUUUUAAAAAUGUUAUAUCAUUCUGAUCUGUUGAUUUUUCAGCUGAAGAACAUGAAAUCCAUCAAACUCAUUUUUUUUCUGGUAUUAAGAAUGUAUUUUCUGUAAACUGUGUCUGGCUAUGCAUGGUUAAACAUUCCAGCUUUUGAUGCGCUCGACUUUCAAUUAUAUAUAUAUAUAUCCCUUACAUGUAAAAAAAAAAAUUGUUGCGUUAUAUUUUAUACAUUUAUUGAUAUGAACUGGCCAUGUCUUUCUAGCAUUUGUAUUUUUCUAUUAAUAAAUCUCAGUUUUGA